AUGGCGAGAGAUCACGGGGCACGCUGCCCGGUCUCUCCGGUGAGGAACGCUUGGCUGGCGGCAGCGGCGGCGAUCCUCCUCGCAGCACAAGGUAUCGGGGCUCAGAAAGUGCGAGUCGAGGACGAGCUGGAGGCGUAUCCCACAGAGUCUGUUGAUCUCCGCUGCGAAUUCAUCGAUGGAGGAGGCCGAACCAAACUCACACAGGUGUCUUGGAUAUGGGAACCUAUUGAUGGUCAAAGGGACAACAUCGCUGUAUACCACCCUACCUACGGACAGAGCUUCCCCAACCCGUCCUUCAAGGACCGAGUUAUCUUCCUCCACAACAAUCUGGAGAACCCGUCCAUUAGGAUCUCGAACCUAAAGAUGUCUGACGCCGGCCGGUACACCUGCGAGUACGCCACCUACCCUACUGGAAACGAACAGGGGACGACCAGCCUCGUCAUGCUCGGUGAGUAG